AUGGCUCAUCCCAGGAGAGGAGGGUACGAUCAUCGGGAGAUAGUGGUGAAAUACAUCCAUUAUAAGCUGUCGCAGAGGGGCUAUGACUGGGAAGAAGGACGACACUUAACUGCUGAACUCUCAGAAGCUUCUGCUGCUGCUAACAAUAAUUCUGUUAACGAUGAAGAGGUGUCUGCUACCCAAGGAGGUCCAACUGGACAUCCACCUGCUUCAGAUUUGCCUGCUGCUUCCUCUUCAGAACCCCUUCCCCCAGAAUUAUUUCAGACACUGAGCCGUGCUGGAGAUGAGUUUUCCAGUAUGUACCAGCAGGACUUCAGACAUAUAUCAGGGCUUCUCCAUCUUACCCCAUCCACAGUUCGUCUUCGCUUUGCUGCUGUGGUGGAGGAGCUCUUUCAUGAUGGGAUAAACUGGGGCCGUAUUGUGGCUUUCUUUGAAUUUGGAGGAGUUAUGUGUGUGGAAAGUGUCAAUCGAGAGAUGUCUCCUCUGGUAGACUCCAUUGUUGGAUGGAUGACUGACUACCUGAACAGACAUUUGCAGAACUGGAUCCAAGAGCAGGGAGGAUGGGUAUGUUAUAGUUUUAUACAUUUCCUAGGUCUGCGUGUUGUUUGGUAUCGCGGACAGGUCUUUGAGAGGAAAUGUGAAAUACUGAAAUACAACUCAUACUGGAAAUUUGAUUCUCGCUAA